UGUCGGUGUAAAGGAAUGUCCAAUAGUCGAGAAAUCCCGAGGAUUAGUGUGCGUUUGAAGUACGUAUUUAUACCGAUCUUCGUUUUGCAUGGCUUUUCUGUGUCUCUAUGCUUUCUCGGUUUUAUACUUCUCACCGAAAGGAACUGACGGUGGGCAUUUUCAGUGUGAACCACUGAGGGAUCAAACGUGCUUCGGAUCACGUUUAGAUUACAACUUCACAACGUUAGAUUUAGUCACAGAUUCUGAUACUCAACUGGACAUUGAGGAAAAUUUAAAGAAAUGGGAAGGAUUGAAAUUCUUAUCCAAGUGCUGGUCGGUUCUUCAGCCACUUCUGUGUCAAGUUUACAAGCCGCAAUGCUUCAAUGAUAACGUCACAUUGCCCUGUAGGGAACAGUGUCUUGCUACUCGGAAGCCGUGUUCUGUGGUCGAACGCUACAAAGAACAAUGGCCAGAUUUUUUACAGUGUGAACGUUUCCCUGUUGGAAACUGCAAGGGCGGUUCGGUAACUGAACUUCAGCUAAAUGAGUCAGCUUGCAAGAGGCCCUUAGUGGCAACAAAACACGAGUCCAGUUGGUAUGAGGGAAUUGAGGGGUGUGGUAUCCAAUGUGAAAACCCUAUAUUUACCACUGAAGAGCACACAAGAAUUCACAGAUUCGUGGGAGCAUUUGGAAGUUUGUCAUUUACAUGCAGCCUUUUCACAAUGAUUACAUUUCUCAUUGGCUGGAAGUCACAGAAUCGAUAUCCAUCAGUUAUUCUCUUUUAUAUGAACACUUGCUUCUGUGCAGCAUCUAUGGGUUUUCUCAUCCAAUUUGCUGAUGGGGCCAGAAACCGCACAGUAUGUCGGGAGGAUGAUACUAUGAGGCUUCAGGAACCAGGCGAGAAUGACUGUUUCCUGUGCAUUCUAACCUUUGUUCUUGUGUACUACUUUUCAUUGGUGGGAGCUCUGUGGUUUGUCAUCUUGGCAUUUUCCUGGUCCAUCUGUUUUAAGUCUCUGGGAAGCACCAGAGAUAACUUUGCUGGAAAAGUGGUUUAUUUUCAUGCAAUAGCUUGGUUAAUUCCUCUUACUUUGGCAAUUGGUACUCUUGCUAUGAAACAGGUUGAUGCAAACUCUUUGAGUGGAAUCUGUUUUGUUGGUUACAAGAAUCCCAAUAUGAGAGCCAUCUUCCUAUUGGUGCCAUUAGGUCUUGAUCUGCUCAUAGGAGGGAGCUUUUUAACACAAGGUCUUGCAACUCUAUGUAAGCUUCGCAGGGCAAAUCCUAAUUUUCUGAGCCACAGAGCUGCUCAUAAAAUCAAAGAAACUAUCAUGAGAGUUGGUGUAUUUUCUUUUAUUUCAUUUUUGACGGUAUUUACAACCUUUGCCUGCCAUGUGUAUGAAUAUCACAACCAAAAAAUUUGGGAGGAGAGCUACAGAGAUUUUGUAAGAUGCAUUGCAGAGAAGGUGGCACGUGGGCAAACAUGGAAAGCAACAUGUUCUGUGGGUACACGUCCUGAUCUCAGCAUCAUUGAACUGGAAUUAGCCUCCCUCUUUGGCACAGGAAUUGCCAUGAGUAGUUGGACUUGGACAUCAAAUACAUUACAGACCUGGCAGAAAUUGUGGCGCAGAAUUACACGGAAAAAUAGGCAUCCAGAAUUAAGUCACUACAAAAUAAUUAGAAGGAUGAAAAAGAACAGAGUAGCGUAAGUACAGACUAAAUUGUUAGUAUUUCUUGUUCCAGAUUGAAAGACCAAAAUGUGAUAAAAAAAUUAAC